AAAGGCUUAAACCCUUGAAAUAAAAACAGGGUGGAGUGAGAGAGGGGAAUGGCCCGACUCUCAAAUUUUCGGCUCCUUUUUUCUUCAUUCUCCCUCUCCAAACCCUCCACCCUCCACUUCCGAUCCAUCUUCUCGACGGUUAUCGCUUCCUCUUCUUCUCCGAGACGACACCGUAACGCCCCUCUCCAUCUUACCCGCAGAAACAACAGCAACACCCGCGGUGGCAGAGGAAGAACCACUCACCCAAUGGAACUCGACAAGAACGCUUCUUCUGCUGGCUUCAACAAGCGCAGAGCAGAGGGAAGAGACAACAACGACGCUCCAAAGAAGGACCUCCAAUUAAAGCAUCGCAAGGUCAAUCCAGUUAACACCAUAGCUUAUCUUCAGAUACUCGGAACUGGCAUGGAUACUCAGGAUACUUCUCCUUCCGUCUUCCUCUUCUUCGAUAAACAACGUUUUAUAUUCAAUGCUGGAGAGGGACUACAACGAUUUUGCACUGAGCAUAAAAUUAAGUUAUCCAAGAUUGAUCACAUAUUUCUAACUCGUGUUUGUUCAGAAACCGCCGGUGGCCUUCCAGGUUUGCUGCUUACGCUGGCUGGAAUGGGAGAAGAGGGGAUGUGUGUCAAGAUAUGGGGCCCUUCAGAUCUUAAGUUUUUAGUAGAUGCCAUGAGAUCAUUUAUUCCCAAUGCCGCCAUGGUUCACACAAAGAGCUUUGGCGGCACCGAUGAUACCACUGUGCUUACUGGAUGUAAGCUAUUGGACAAUCCCAUUGUUCUCAUUGAAAACGAGGUGGUCAAAAUAUCUGCUAUCAUCCUGCGACCACAUCACCCGAUGACACCUUCAGAGACCCUUAACUCACCCAACGGGAAAAACCAGGCUGCUGCGAAGCCUGGUGAUAUGUCUGUAGUAUAUAUUUGCGAACUGCCUGAGAUCAAGGGAAAAUUUGAUCAAGAUAAAGCGAAGGCCCUAGGUUUGAAACCUGGGCCAAAGUAUCGUGAACUGCAAUUUGGAAAUUCAGUGCAAUCAGAUCGCCUGAAUAUUACGGUUCAUCCAAGUGAUGUCUUGGGUCCUUCUGUUCCUGGACCCAUUGUACUCCUUGUUGAUUGUCCAACAAAAUCUCAUUUGGAAUCGUUAUUGAAUGCACAAUCACUCACUAGUUACUAUGAUCAAGGAAAAGUAAGUGCUAGUUUUUCUGGAAAUUCCUCCUUUUUUGUUUCUUCUACAACACAUUAUUUAUUACUCUUGUUUGCUUCUAUUGUUCUCAGGAAGAAUGUAGAGAUUCCUAUCUUGAAAGCUAGUGCAAGAAUUGCAUCUCGACUUAAUUAUGUUUGUCCUCAGUUCUUUCCAGCCCCAGGAUUUUCAUCACUUUCAAGUGCUCUUGCUUCAAGUGAGGGUUCCUUUUCUGAAUCUUCUAAAGUCAUUUCUGCUGAAAAUCUUCUCAAGUUUACAUUGCGUCCUUAUGCUCGUCUUGGGUUGGAUAGAUCCGGUACUCCAACCACGGUGACUUCCACACAAAUAAUUGAUGAGUUACUCUCAGAGAUUCCAGAGGUCGUGGAAGCAGCUCAUCAUGUAAGUCAGCUCUGGCAACAAGCUAAUCAGACAAAGGAGGAUUUAGUUCCCGCAGCAGAUCGAAAUAUGAUGAUUGAGGAACCUUGGUUGUGUGAUUCUACUGUUCCUUCGUGUUUGGAAAAUAUAAGGAGAGAUGACUUGGAGAUAGUUCUUCUUGGAACUGGUUCAUCCCAACCAUCCAAGUACAGAAACGUGAGUUCAAUAUAUAUAAAUCUUUUCUCAAAAGGAGGUUUGCUCUUGGAUUGUGGUGAAGGAACCUUGGGACAACUCAAAAGAAGAUAUGGUGUAAGUGGUGCUGAUGAUGUUGUGAGAGCUUUAAGAUGCAUUUGGAUUUCACAUAUCCAUGCUGAUCACCACACUGGCUUGGCUAGGAUCCUUGCUCUGCGCCGUGAAUUGCUGAAGGGGGUGCCUCAUGAACCAGUUCUUGUCGUAGGGCCAAGGCAGCUUAAGAGAUAUUUAGAUGCUUACCAAAGACUCGAAGAUUUGGAUAUGCUGUUUCUAGAUUGCAGGCACACCACAGCAGCUUCAUUGGAUGCUUUUGAGGAUGGCUGUGACCUGAACAAUAAUAAUAGAGAAGUAUCCGCAUCAAAAGUUGAUUCAACUUUGUUUGCUAGAGAAUCUCGUAUGCAAAGUUUAUGGAAAAGACCAGGCAGUCCUGUUGACAAAGAUGCCGUUUCUCCUAUCCUAGAGAGAUUUAGGGGGGUAAUCCAGGAAGCUGGUCUGAAGUCCUUGAUUAGUUUCCCUGUUGUGCAUUGCCCACAGGCAUUUGGUGUUGUUCUAAAAGCAGCAGAGAGGACUAGUACUGCUGGAAAAGUGAUACCUGGCUGGAAGGUUGUAUAUUCUGGCGACACAAGGCCCUGUCCAGAGUUGGUAGAAGCAUCUCGAGGCGCAACAGUUCUUAUACACGAGGCAACUUUUGAGGAAGCUAUGGUAGAGGAGGCUAUAGCAAAAAACCACAGCACCACAAAUGAAGCCAUAGAAAUGGGAAACUCCGCUGAUGCAUACCGAAUCAUUUUAACUCAUUUCAGCCAAAGAUAUCCUAAAAUACCUGUGUUGGAUGAAGCAAACAUGCACAAAACGUGUGUUGCAUUUGACAUGAUGAGUGUGAAUGUGGCAGAUUUGCCCGUUCUUCCAAAGGUUCUUCCAUAUUUGAAAUUGCUUUUCAGAAACGAAAUGAUAGUUGAUGAGUCAGACGAUGUAGUAGACGCUGUGACCGCCGCAUAUUAACAAAAUGACUCCUAUUCUAUUCAAUUUUUUUCGCUUUGCAUGUAUAUUAGAUUUUUAUAGACACAGAUUAUAGAAUCAUGCUAUGCAAAAGCAAUAUAUAUAGUCAUUCAUUUCUCCUUGAAACAUCAAGUUUCCUUCAUAAGCCAAAAUUGACCUGUUUCCCUAGAUUUUCGUUUUUUAUGCA